UUCCUGCCGUCGGACCUGGCCAACUCAGUGUUGAGCCGGCAGCGCAGGGACAACAGCUACCUGCUAGAGGAGAUCAGGCAGGGCAACAUCCAGAGAGAGUGCAGGGAGGAGAUCUGCACCUACGAGGAGGCCAGGGAGGCCUUUGAGAAUGACGAGAAAACUGUGAGUGAGACGCACAUGCAACACACACCAACGCACAUGCAACCCAUGUGUGCAACACACACGCAACCAGGGUUGUGGUCAAUUCCAUUUCAAUUCAGUCUAUUCAGGAAGUAAACUGAAGUUCAAAUUCUAAAAAACAAGUGUUUCUUAUAUGGGAAGCAUUGAGGAAAAUUUGAAUUUUACUUCCUUGUUUGUUUACUUCCUGAAUUGACCCCAACCCUGUAUGCAACACUCGCUCACACAGAUGCACACACAAUGCUCUUUGUCUCGCUAUUGCUCCCUCAUUGACACACACAUACACUCGAUAACAAAAACACUUGUAAUCCUACUCCGAGUGUGCUGGCCUGUGGAAUGUUCCUGCUUUUCAGGAAGUGAUGAUAAUCAGCAGGAAGAGUAGCUGACUCCCUGAGAGUGCUGCUCAAUAGGGAGAGGGUCAUUACUGCAACUAUUGUCAGGAGAGGGAAUGAACAGUCCGUGCAGCACGCACAUGUGGACAGCUUUUUGUUUUUGUUUUGUGUGGGAGCUUUCUGGAGUAUGACAUUCAGAAUGUUGCAAAUGGCAUUUGUAGAUUUCAAAUUUUUCUUUUACUUUAAAUGCCCAGUAAUUGAUCAUUCUGCCCAGUAAUUGGUCUGAUGUAGCUCUCUGAUUGGCUGCAGCAACGGUUCUGGGAGGAGUAUGUACGGGAGAGCAACCCAAGUGGCGGGCUGCAGUCGGUGGUGGGCGGAGUCCACUCCCUCUACCUGAUCCUCCCCUUGCUCCUGGUGCUCCUCCUCAUCGCAGCAGUGGCCAUCACCGUGUGGCGGUGCCACUCCCGCAAGCGCUCAGAGCGCAGCCCCGCCCUGGGGGGCUCCAACCGGGACCCCACCCUAUCGGUGGUCUCCAUGGACCAGUGGGGACGGGACUUCCACGAUCACUCCGAGCUCAGCGUCCACAGCAGCCCCGCCUACCCGGGCUUGGAGGUCACGUCAGCGAGGGGAAGCAGGGGAGAGCCACCGCCAUCUUACGAGGAGGCGGUCGGCAACACAGAUGUGCACAUAGAGACAGAGCCGCCGCCUCAGUAUGAGGACAUCAUUGGCCAUGGGAAGUGAAGUACCCC